UCGGCAGACGAAUGUUUUACCGUCGUUUUCGUGUUUUAGUUCGUUACAUACUUGAUGAUGGGAGUCAAUUUUCACUCUGGAAAGGCAUGUCUUUAACAUACGUUUAACUGAUACAUUUAGAAACAGGUUGGCCAUGGUGAUGUUUGAUUCGGACGAUGUCGUAUAGCACGCAACUACCUGAUUAAUAACACUGGAAUACAAACACGGGGAUAGCGACAACAACAUUAAAUAGUAUACAGAAAUCCACACUCAUCUUAUCAAACAGUGGGCAGCUUGUCCUGGAUGCAUGGCAGUUGCUUUACGAUAUGCAAUAGAAACUAAAUAGCUAGAAUCGGAACUAUGCGACGAGUAUAGCUUACAUCUUCAUAUCUGUGUGUGAAGUUCGAAAAACUUUUAGUUACUAAGAGGCAUAUUACGUUAAUUUGUGAAUAUUAGCAUGUAUUGGAAACAUAGCAGUUUAGUCCAAUUUGAGAGAUUGGGCUUUCGUUAGCUUUUUGUUAAAUACCUGGACACGAGUUUAUUAUACGAGUUUCUCAUUUUUGACUAAGCGAUUCUUAGUUAAAGAUCUCACGGAACAUUUCAUGAAUAUUUGGGAUUUUAGUACUAGCUCUGUACAAGACGUAUGAAUGACAAGACACACCCGUGUUAUCCAGUUGCAACAGUUGAUUAUUUGGAACAACACCGUCGAAUGUUAUUUAUUUUGAUCAGAUUAUUAUGUAUGAUCGCCAUAAGCGUUGCCAACCAAACUCAGUAUUACAAGAUUGUGAAUAACUCGGGUAAAAAGAGGACAAGUUGGUUCCUAGAAAAAAGUUUGACGUAGAUUCAUCAUUCUGAGAAUAAAGAAAGAAAUAUUACGUUACAAUUUCACAACAAAGUUAGUUCUCGAAGGUAGCGAUGCUGCCAUAACAAAGCCGAUAUUAUAUUUCCCUGAGAAAAUAUUUUACAAGUAAUUCGGGUCAAAUAAUACGUUACAAAUCUGUUUUCGUUCGUGCUGUUUGGUUAUAUUUUCUUCAUUGACGUAAACAAAAAGGAACACACAGCCAGACAAUUAAAAUAGUUGCAGGAAUUGAAACAAGAUAAUUACUUAAAUGGAAGAACUAAAAGAGAGGAUUUUUAUUCGAAUACAAGAGAGAAUAUAAGUUCCGUGCGCCCAUAUAUACAUAGAUCAAUCAGUGACCUUGCUCUUUAUGAUUAUGCUAUUUUUUUGAUGGUGCUCUGUAUUGCAAUUGGUUCCAGUAACAACCAAUACUAUUUCAUAAUAGAUUUAUAACUGGUCGUUGCCAACAAUGGAGCAUAUCUCACAACAAUUAGAUGUUAGUGUAAACAGGACAACAAAAGACUGUAAGUUUCAACAGAUUUUAACUUUAUGAUUGAAGAAUGGAAGGACCAGGAUAGAUGACAGGUUCGUCCUAGAAAAAAAAGCUUGUCUGAUUAUUUAAUGACAAUAUGGUGUCGUGAAGAUGGAACACGACAAACGAUAGGUGUUUGAGAAGAUUUCUAAUCACAUAAAUGUCUCUCGUGGCGAUAGUGAAAUCCAGAGAAAAAAGUCAGAAACGACAUAAAUUAUUUACUUAGGACUAUAUAUACUCGAGUCCAGUCGAUUCCCAGUUGCGACCGCGAUCCACACGUUAUUAAAUAAUAUGGAAAAUACUACAGCGACUGAAGUGAUCUUAUAUAAUCUGUCUCUUCUGGAUAUCCGAGUUGAAAAUAGCACCGGAAGUCUCGAACAAGAGGUGCCCGAUAACCCUCCUCUAAUAAUAUACGAUCAUCACCUGCCGAAAUUUGAACCGCCAAUUCUAAUUCUUAUUUGUGUUGUCUUGGGGCUGAUGAUCUUGGCUACCAUCAUAGGGAACGUCUUUGUGAUCACAGCGAUAAUUGUGGAGAAAAGUUUACAAGGUGUUUCUAACUAUCUGAUCUUGUCGUUGGGGGUGACAGACUUGAUGGUAGCCGUUCUCGUCAUGCCUCUUAGCCUAGUAAAUGAAGUGAGUGUGUACUGGUAUCUUGGAGCAGAAAUUUGCGACAUGUGGAUAUCUAUCGAUGUUUUAUGUUGUACGGCAUCCAUUUUACAUCUGGUCGCCAUUGCGGUUGAUCGUUAUUGGGCAGUAUCAAAUAUUGACUACAUCAGAAGGCGAUGUGCACGUGGUAUUAUCUUAAUGGUGGUAGUCGUCUGGUUUGUGGCUAUCAGCGUCUCUUUGCCGCCAUUAUUUGGCUGGAAAGAGGAAACUAAUAAUCCAGAAUUGAUUGGCAUGUGUAUAAUUAGUCAAAACAAGGUGUACACGGUUUUUUCGACUGUCGGGGCGUUUUACUUUCCACUUUUUCUGAUGCUAAUUUUAAACUAUAAAAUCUACAAAGCCGCAAGAUCAAGAAUAAGAAAAAAGAAAUUUGGCGGGAGACCUCAUACGCGUCCAAUGUUAGUACCACAAGUUACAAUCGAAAACGGCGGGAAUCCAUCUCGUAAUUCUAGUGGUAGUGACGUUAGCCAAGAUGGCUUCAGUGUAUAUAAUGGAUCUUGUGUUGUCAUGAACGAGAUUUCUAGAAUGGAGAGCACGAUAGAUGCGACAGACAUUGGAACUAAUGGCGAAUUAUAUAACGAAUCUAAAUUUACGAUUGGAAAUUCCCUUACUGUGCCUACCAAUGUGUUUGUUUUGACUAAAAAUAGAUCGAACAAUAACAGUAAACAAGUCAAAAACAGAGAGAAAGACAAAUUACGCAAAGAAAAAAUUGAGAUGCGACGGGAACGGAAAGCAGCGAGGGUGCUGGGAAUUAUCACGGGAGCAUUUAUUGUGUGCUGGCUCCCAUUCUUCAUUAUUGCUGUAGUGGCUCCAUUUUGUGCUGAAAGUUGUACUUUUCCCCCGCCAGUAUUCAGUGUAUUUCUGUGGCUGGGUUAUUUUAAUAGUCUGCUUAACCCCAUCAUUUAUACAAUAUUCAAUCCAAACUUUCGUGUUGCUUUCAGAAAGAUCUUAUUUGGUAAAAUUCGAUUUGUAAAGAGAUGAAAUAUUGAUGUCUGCAUGAAAGGAUUUUAUGGUGCCUGAGCAUUUGUAUUUAUUGAUCUUUUGAUGGAUGAAUGAAUGGAUAGAUGGAUGGAUGAAUAAAUGCUAUUUUUGCUUUGAGAUCUAAACGUGUGUAUGUGAUAUGAGUUAAUUGAAUCAGUGCUGUGGCUAAUUGGCUUUUUCCAUUUCUCUUUUGAGUUUUGAUAAUACUGUUUUUGUCAUUUUAUCCUUUUAUCUUCUUUGAUUAAAACAAAAUCAUUUCAAGUUACGCAAUCAUGCCGGUACAGAAAUGGCUAACUUCCAUAAAAUCAUUAGACCACUGAAUUCAAUUACCAUCUGUUGUUGUGAACCAAUCUUUAAAACAAUUUAAAAUACCUAUUAGCUUUGUGCAAUUAAAAAGAUAUGAUGUUAUUAUAAUGCACACAGAUUUGAACGAUUAACUCGUUUUUAUGCAAUAAAAAGGGCGAUCAUUUCCCGUUUAUAGGCGUUUGUCUUAUCAAUAUGAUUUAAUAUCGGGAGGAAUUGGAUGGUUGAAAUUCGUAACGAUCUUAUCUGUAAUAAAUGGAAUCACGGCGAUCUGGCAUUUGAUAUGCCAUCUUUCUGGUGUUUAACGUCAGCUUGUCAAAUAUAGUAAUUAUAUUAUCGCGUAACUUUCUUGCACUCAAAUAGUUUCUCUGCGAUAUUUUGACGAAUAUCAGAUAAUAUAUUUCGAUAUGUCGAUGUUCGUAAAAGAGAUUUCAUGGAUAUGAUCAACUUUUCCCCUUGAUCUUUAGAUUUGCCCUUUUUCAAAAUUUAAAACAUGACACAUUUUCUGGAUAACCCUAUCAGCUCUUUUCUUUUCAAAAUUUGAAACAAGUAGUUGAGUUGUGAUCAAACAUUGUGGAAACAUGUGGCGUUUUAUCUGCAGCGAAAAGUUAGAAACAAACGUAGCAUGUUACCUGUAACGAUAACAGUACCGUGAAAACCUAUGAGGGUGGUCACAUGUUCCAUAAAUGUAUUUGGUCGUUGUUGUUAAGUUUUGUGUCGACAGUAAUUGAAUUCAGUAGUCUGCGAUGUUGUUAUCGUUUUGAUGAAAUAAUACACCGUUUUGAUGAAAUUAUACACCGUUUUGAUGAAAUCAUACACCGUUUCUGGCUAGAAGUGUUUUAUUGGCAACAUAAAUGAAGACUGCAACGAUAUCAAUAUCACUUAUUAUGAAUUAUCUAAAAUAAAAUGUGGACAAAAAGAUAAGCGAAAUUACCCGCAUUUCUGCCUUUGGUGCUUUGAACCAAUUUUUUAAUUUUACAAUUUUAGGCAUUCGGUGUUUCUGCAACAGCGGCAACGUUUCUUGACGGUAACCGCAACGGCUGAAGGGCUGGUUAACAGUAACGCUAACUAUGGAAUUCUGUAACUACAGUUGACGUCAUCGGAAGAACGGUAUCAAUAAGUCAAAUAACCUUCUUGGAAUAAUUGCGUAGAUUUGUUGUUCCUACUUCCUGUAUUGCUGUUGUUCCAGAUAAAACGCACAUGAAAACGUUUCCGUAACCGCCGCCGACAUGUUGUUGUUUACACUAUUAUAAAAAAUGAAUCUGCGGGUAUGGAUAGUAUUAAAUCUAUUUACUACAGAACAGAUAGGGUUAAAGGUGGAAACAACUUUGAUUUAGAUCAAAAUUUAGUAUUGAAUUAGGUUGAGCUGGUGUUUAUUUUGAUUAGUUGGUGUUACGUUGAUGGCGUGGGCGGAAGGCUUCUUUUUAUCGGAAAAUUAGUUGUAGGACGGUUAAUUUACUCAUUUUUGACUUGUGUCGAGAUACACAAUUGGCUUUAUCUACGGACCUUAGAUUUUAAACCCCCAUCUUAUAAAAAUAACUGUAUGAAUUCUAAGAUGAUCGACAGAGCGGAGGGUGCACACGAUGUAAUUCAUGCUAUGCUGCAAAAUCACAUAGUAUUCAACGUUUUCAUAAUUUACUGUAUAUUAUAUUUACGGCACAGUCUGUUUAAGUUGGUCAAUUAACAUACCUACUACGAUAUGCACAUUAUAAAUUAUAAACAUGAUUGUCAAUAGUACCCUUUUUAUUGUAUAAUUUAUUCAAUGCUUCUGUGAUUGUAAAUUUGGCAGCAAAAUCAAAAUUGUUUUUUGUAAAUAGUUUGUGUUUGUAUACUUGAGUUUAUUUACUUAAUUAUUUUGUUUUUCGUUUUUGUUAUUUUGUUGUUAGUUGCCAUAUUUCUGUGUUAAUGAUCAAAUAUUAUGCCAAAUGGCUUCACAUAUUGUCAGUGGUUAUUAUAGAAUCUCAUUUACAGUCUUUCGACUAAUUAUUUUAUUUGGAAUAAAAUUCCUAACUGAAGUAAUUUCUAUCAUUAUUUGUGUUUUAAAAAAGGGCACUUUAAAUUUUAAAGUUAUUAAAUAAAUAGGCGAGCUGUUCAUUGAAGUAGCUUUUACUGUUAAAGAAUAUAAUUAUUAAAACUCUUACAUAAAAUCUCAUUUUCAUUUUCAUGUCGUCUAGGGGUCCCAGGGUCAUUUUAUAGACGUAUACAGUCAAAUUUAUUCAAACACAGAUCUUAUUUCGUUUCGUUUGUUUAUAUUUGAAAAUUAUAUACAAAAUAAUUUGUUCGUUUGAAAAUUAAAUUCAAACAUUACAUUUUAUCAUAUAUUUUAUUACGUCAAUACAUGUAUAUAACAGUAAUAUGAUUUGGGGCGUUUUAUGUUAAUAUUAUGCAUGGGUGGGGUAUGUUUAAGUAUCGUGAUUCGGGAAAUCCUAUUUGACACUAAUGCUUCCUUCUUUAAAAUGAUAAGAUAUUUGAAUAUUAUAUGAUGUUAUACGUACUUUUCUUAAUAUGUAUAUAUUCGUAUUAAAUGGUGAAGUAAUAUUCCAUUUAAAAUAAUGACAUUUAUACGAUGCAUAUUUUAUUGUUAUGCAAAUUCAUUGAAAAAUAUCAUAACACGACUGCUCUGUUUGUUUUGUGUUUU